AUGGUGGCUUGGCGAUGUGGUGCCUUUGAAUGUCUCAACGUGUCUCGUGUAAAGGAAUCAAAGGAUGAUGAGCAUAGGAGUUUGAAUGAGAUGACAAGGGAGUUGAUGCUGGAACUGCUGGCAAUUGUGAGCAUGGGUGUGCCUGCAUUGGGUGGACUGGGACUUGGCUAUUUCAUCGUGCACUUGCCCGAGUAUUACAGGAGCCGGAAUGCAUAUAAGGAACUUCCCAUGCUCUUUUGGAUCGGAGUCAUUGGGACAAUCCUGGAUCAUAUGAAUCUUCUGAGCUAUAUGUUCAUUUUUGAACAAGCAACAGAUGGCAAGGGUCUAUAUAUCUAUGAUGGAAUUGGCCCAAUCUCACCCAACUGCGAUCAACUGGCUUGCAUGGUCUUUGUGUUGACCCUCCGUUCAAUCCAUGCAAAAGAUAAAGUGAGGAACGAAAAGAACAGGCAGCGUAUCGAGCUAGGUUAUAUACGCAAGGCUGACCACAAGCACAGUGACAAAGUGAACUGUGUACGUUGGGUAUGGUGGUGUUUGAUACCACUUCCACUGGCCAUUUUGCGUUUUCUUGUGUCUUUGAUUUUGGUCUGUGUUGCGAUCGACUUGCACGGUCACGAUCCAACAUCAUGGACAUUUUUGUCAUCGUUCUUAUCUGCCAGAGUGCUGAGUGGAAUCGGGCUUUUCAUUGUGCUGAAGGACAUGUUUCAACAGAUUUUCAAACAGCUUGAUCACAUUGAAAAAAAAUUGGAUGUGAUGAACGACGUGGCAAAGACGCUACCUCACCCCUUCGCUGACGAAGCAGAAACUGAAGGGCUGGAAUAUACCUGGCACUUUUUGGGGCCGGAAGAAACUGAGGACAUAGAAGAAUAUGCAUAUACCUCUGGGGUGGCCCUACGCGGCAUGCAGUCCAUGGAGCCGCGACAAGACAGACGUGGCCGCCGCGACACGGUGUGUAUUGAUAUGCCCAAGAUGGGAGAAACAGUCACUCAUAUGCCUUCCCUGAUUGAGUGGAAGGAAGCUUCGUGUCAGGAUUGGUUAAAGAGGUGGCAUUACAUUCGAACGACCUUCUUGGAUGAACAGUUCAGCCUAGAUGCCAUCCUUGGCAUGUGCGUAUUAACCAUGCUCUUUUGCGCUUUGCAACUGGGAGCAAGCUGGUUAUGUUUUGAUCCACAUCAGAGCAACUUCACUUAUCAAGGACUGCAUUCAGCAAUGGCCAUCGCUUUCACUGUAGCCUUUGGAGCAAUUUUUAUGUACCUCUCACGCGUGUGCAUCAAGGUGAACGAACUCUUUCAGAAGAUCUUGAAGCAGCUGGACGAGCUGAGCUCUCGGACUUGGCGUGAAAAGGGCUACGAACACUUUCAGAUAAUGCAAGACUUCAAGGCAACCAUUGAAGCUGGAGGCUCUCCCCACACCCUUCUGGGAUAUACCUUAACUUGGCGCCUGGUCUUCUCCAUUUUGGCGCCAUUGCUGGCCCCCACACUGGCACACAUCAAGCCGCUUUUCGAGGGUGCGCAGCACAAUGUGCAUGAUAUGGUUUGGAACAGCACCGAGCUGAUUCGGGCAAGUCGAGAUGCAGAGUAUUGGAUCAAGGAGCUUGCAAAUAUGAGCCACCUCCAAGAACUCGUGUCCACAUGA